CAGUCAAUAGUGAACAGUCAAGCUUCUGUAAGGAGAAAGAUCGACUUUCCGAACCCCAAGUUUCGUGCUCGCGGUAAAACAAAUUGCGCAAAAGAUUCAGAUCUUAUCGCCUGACGUGCGUUUUGUACUCAUUAAAGUAUGGCAAAGUCUCAGGUUAGUAGUCCCGGAAUCAAAGAUAUACCAAUUUUUACAAACUCAUGGUUCGAUGAUAGCCGGUGGCUGGGGAAACAGUAGAGUACUUGAUUCAUAUUCGGCGAUGUAUCUGGAAUGGUAACCUUUUUGUGGGAGGACUCCGGUUGAUAAGUGCGUACUCCGUAGCAGCCUGGACAGUCAUAAGUCGGAAUAGUCGGUAUAGUCGGUGGUAACAUUAGCUUUCACCGUUUGACACCGCAAUUAUGCAAUGAUUCAAUGACGCCAAGAUUUGAUAAUUCUUUCGGUGUACGGGAGUAACCUUUUGUUGAUGCUUUCGGAUUUAUGAAUCGAAUCGAUGUUCCAUGGCCAUAGAAUGAGGGUUUUGACAUAGAACUUCCAAGGUCACCUGCAUAUGUCAAGGAUUCCUCGUGGGCUUAUAGGUGGGACAGUGAACUAUGGUGGAUUGUGGAGAGGAAGAGAUCUCCCGGGAAUCCUACUAAUUUGAGGUUAAUCGACUGAUGAACGUUCCACCGUACGUUCCACCGUUCCUGUAGAUUAUGGAUUGAUAUGGAGAUAGGGGAUAUGGAAGAUCGCUUAUGAGCGGAGAGGUACAUUGCAUAUAUCUACCGGUAUUCGUCGAAAGAGUAAAGAGUAUCU